AUGAGUAUUUAUGGUAAACAAUGGAUUUACAAGCGCGGGACCACCACCGCGAAUUACCGCUCUCCUUUAUCGUUGACUUUCAUUGAAGACAAACGAGCCUCGAACCCGAUUCUGUUUAUUCGCUAUGUGGCCACACUCGACGGUAUAUAUGUCGUCAAGCCACGACUUCCAAUCCUUCAUCUCGUCUCAUACCCUUUGCGCGAACGACUUCCUAUGAAUACUUCCAACCAGCAGCUCGGACCUAUCUAUCGUCUUCCAGCGGAGCUACUCCUUCAAAUAUUCUCAGAGUUCGACUGGGAUGGUUCCGAGCCUUACUUAACUGAUUGGCGGGCCUGUCCCUGGUCUCGAUACAUCCGCAUGCGGAAGACACUUCUUCUAGCUUGUCGGACAUGGUACGAAAUCUCGCUGCCCGCUCUUUACCACUUUGUGUAUCUCUACCGUAUUACACAACUUCCUGCCUUUGUACGAACGCUUCUUGAACGCGAUGCAUCAGAUCGUAAAAUCUCUCAUCGCGUGAAACAUCUGCGAUGUGCCUUUCACCUCCCAAAGGCAUGGACAACGCUAUAUUACGAGAACAUGAAGACCAUCGUCAAACAUUGUCGCAACGUCCAAACGCUUCAGCUUCGACCAUCAUGGGACGAAGAAGCAAAUCCGUAUGAUUUUACGUUAAUGCGGAUGCAUGAUCUGGAAGAUAUUCCCUUUCCCGAUUUGGUGGAACUCAUUAUGGGUCGUGAAGCCCUCAUCACGGCUACGAGGCAAGAGAUUGGAAUUUCGCACUUUCAGCACCUUACGAAAUUGCACAUGGUGAUUAGCCCACUUAUCUGUCGUAUUGGGCUUGGAGUCGAUGUUACGUUGCCGAACUUGAAGAGUUUAACAUGCGAAUUUACUGCAAAUGCUGCAUACAGGGCUGCACCGAUCAUUGCUGAGAACUGGUCUCUCCCAGAACUACAGAACUUGUCUGUGAAACUCGUUUGGUCCUACAUGACAUUUAAUACCCGGCCGUCAUUGGAUCCUAUCAAAUCAUUGUGUCAAGCAUAUGGUCACGGUCUCCUGUCGCUUCGCAUAGACAACCGCAGCACAUGUCUUGUCUUUAGAACAAAUCUAUCAAGCAUCCUCACAGCCUGUCCCGAACUGACGUAUAUUGAGUACCCAAUUGAUUAUAUGCCGGUUUCAAAGCGUCGUUUAGAGCAGAGCGAAUCAUUACGCACUGUCGCGUUCUUGCCUUCAACCUUGUUGUCGCAUUGCAACUUUGGACCAAGACUUUGUACUCAUAUUGGGCGGUAUGAAGAACGAUCUGCUUUCCCAGUACUGGAUGCUGUUGCACUUCUUGACCCUCAGUUGCGUGGCACGACUAUUGAUGCUGAUACAAUAAAUCAAGAAGACGUCAGAAGGCUACUUGAACUGUCUAGACGACUUGUCCCCUACAGGAUACGUUUGCUUAAUCACGACUUUCAACCAAUUCAAUUUUUCCAUGGAGGGGGUAAUGAAGAAGUCGAUAUGGAUAGUAAUGACGAGGACUUCAUCCCAGGCUCCACACACGCUGAAUCGUCAAGUUCUGAAGAUGAAUUAGAAGAAACUUAUGAUUACUCAGAUGAUUCAGUUGAUGAGAAUAUGCAGAUAGAUAAUGAAGAGGCAUUGGAAAUAUUUGAGCAAACAAUGGCUUGGUCUGAUGAGGACUCUUCUGAUUAA